UUACCGGCGUCGAAAACCGGAAAUGGAGGAUACGACGAGGCUGACCGAUCGUCGGCGGGAGAACGAGAAGGUGGACGGGAAGCGGAGAGCGAGCCCAAGCGGGGGCCAGGCGAGAUCGUCGAAGCAAGAGUUCGGCGACGACGAGUGCAGCACGGACAGCGGGUGCAGCAGCGGGGGGAGCAGCGGGAGCGCGGAGAGAUUGUCGCGUCGCGGAAGCAGCGAGCGAUUGUGCCGCGCCGCCCGGUUGUCGAGGACCCACUGCUACCUGGACCGGCUGCGGGGCCGGCCGAUCCGCUCCCAGGAGAGGCUCUCCUCCGUGCAAAGAAGCUCGGCGCGUGUACGCGCCAAGUCAUCCCGCUCGUGGAGCGCAGGUGACGUGAGAGGUGUCGGGAGGACGACGUCCGAGUCGCUCUCCUACUCGUCCUCGCCGUCGGACGCGCACAGCAGCACCGACAGCGACUCGUUGAAGAGGUCGAGCACAGCGGACGCGCUUCGAAGGGCCCUUCAAACCUUCAAGAUAUCCGCCAAGUGGGAGGGGAAGGAGAACAAGCACGCGAAAAAGAGCUCGAAACGGAUACUACGCAGCCCCGUCGCCUACACGUACGUGAAGGGCCUUUCCGGCCUGCCCACCCAGAGGGUCCCGAGGAACGUGGCCCAGCAACUGGCAAUGCCCUGCUCCUGUCAGAAUUCCGUCGGUAUAUACCGAUAAGA